GUGCAUUGUUCCCGAGCUCCCACGCACAGAGAUCUGGCAGAUGGUCUCACCUGGCAAGGACCUCGAACAGAACGUGAGUGCGGGAGUGAUGGUGGUCGGAAAGUCGUUGGUCCUACAAAAAGUCACGAGACGGCACGCCGGAGUCUACUCCUGCUCAGCCACCAACUCCCAGGGCUUCAACUCAUCCAAGCCGGUCAUGCUUAACGUCAAAUACUCGCCGGUGUGCCGCGUCGAGCAGUCGGACGUCUACGGUGUCGGGAGGCUCGAGAAAACAACCGUCACGUGUCGAGUGGAAGCCGAUCCUCCUGCGACAGCGUAUCGUUGGGCUUUCAACAACACCGGGGAAUUCGUUGAUAUCCCAGAGUCGCAUUUCAUCAUCAAAUCUGACGGAGAGUUGGGACAGCGAUCGGACUUGCGGUAUUCACCCGUGAGCGACUUGGACUACGGAACGCUGCUGUGCUGGGCCAGGAACAGCGUCGGCAACCAGCGAGUUCCUUGCACCUUCACCGUCUUCCCUGCCGGCAAGCCGGACACUGUCGCCUCCUGCAAAGCAACGAACCAGACAGAAGAGAGCGUUGUGGUAGUGUGCGAGCCUGGCUACUCGGGCGGUGUGAACCAAAGCUUCCUUCUCGAGGCCUGGGACGACGGUUCACUCCGAGCCACGGAUCGCAGUGACACUCCUACGCUUGAGGCUUCAGGACUGAGGCCAGGGACGCGGUACAACCUUCGUGUCUACGCUGAGAACUCAAUGGGAAGGUCCCAGCCAUUCUCCUUCAAGGCGUUCACGCUCACUGAUGUGGCAGAGCGAAGAACUGCCAUCGGCACAGGAAAAGAAGGACAGCCUCUGAGUCCCGUGAUCGGAUCCAUCGUGGGCGCGUCCGUCUCCCUCCUGCUGCUCGUGCUCGCUGGGGUGGCGGUCGCUCGCUGUAAACGUCACGAUGACCACGAGAACAGGAGCAGCUUCAGAGAAACUGGACAGGACGAACCUGGCUAUAAGUCUUUCCGAGCGAGCGAGGGAGACGUGGCUCAGCAGAGAGACGCUUCAUCGUCACCGAGACCGACCACCACGUUAAGUGACGACGAACAUGACGCUCAGGUCACGACUGCGUGUGAUCUCGUCUCGGCAUCGCAAGACUCAAUACUGAUGAGCCGGUCCCAGGACUCGAACACUCCACUGCUCACUACAGGCAGGUCCUCCGAGCCAACGACGUCUAUCAGAGCAGACGCUCCCUUCACCCGUCAAGGAUCCCUCACUAGAACUUCGUACGCAGGCGCUGCGCUUGUGUCUCAAGCCUCCAAAACUCGAGCAGCGAAUUUAUCUCCGGGACGCAGUGCGCAAAUGGGGGGAUUUUCUCCCUCCUAUGCCUACCAUCAGCAGUUUAGCGAUGCCGAGGCCGGGUCCAAGUGGCCUCCAGAAACUUGGAUGGGCGACUCCCCUUUCCUCUUCUCGAGCUCCACCAAAGGGAUGAGGGCUCUUGAUCCCGAGACUCCCACUGGUGGGCCUCGGGCCCCAAUAUCCUCUCAUGCUUUGGCCUCCCCACUGUCGUCACCAGGAUCUGUAGACCUAAGACGACACUCAGCCUAUAUGAGGCCCUUCGAUCAAGUACAGACUCUAGAAGAAGAGAAAGAUCGGCUUAUUAGGCUGCCUUGCGUUGCAGAGGACAGAAACAGCGAUGAAUUUUCACAGCAUUCUUUGUUGCGCCAAAAUUCGUCCCGGAAAGGGUCCCCAAGAUCCGCGGGGACAGCCUCAUCACCCUUUGGGUUUUCAUCUUCUACGCUGAACCCACGUCAGUUUGCAUCACAAUCUUUAUCGAAGGGAAUAGCCACCCCUUUCGUCGCUGGCGUUACGAAACCUUCAUCCCAUAUUACCCACAAAUCUUCUGAUCAUGAGAGCUCUGUAUAGGGAUUCGCCCCGCAACAGAGAUAUUAAGUAUUAUUUCAUAAACUUGUUGAAUUAUAUCAGUCGGUUGACCUAAUCAACUCAAAAGGUGGUUCCGAACUCUGUAAUGUAAAACUUGUUUAAAUAUCAUCCAUUUUCAGGAUGAAUGGAUAAAAUAAAUUUAUGUAUGGAGGUCCAUUGAGGUAUUUGUGCGCAAGUGUACGCCAUUUUUCAGGUCAUUGAAUGAUAAAUAUAAUGAAGACAUGAUGCGAAAAAAACAACUGUUCUCCGUUUGUAUCUUAUUUUUAAUCAUGCAUUUAUAUAUUCAACAUAAUAUUUUAAUUCUGGUAAUUUUUUACAUUCAGCUGAACGACAUGAGUUACAAUGGAUCCUGUAUACGACUUCAAUUUCUCAUGUCAUAAAAGCCCAGAUAAAGGCUGAAAUACUUUUUUUUCUUGCUCACAAUUAAAGGUACAAAUGACCCAUAUAUUUUCCUUUUAAACAGCUUGUUAAUAACCUCACUUAGGAGAUUCCCAGAAAAUUAAAGGACGGGUGCCCAGAUUUUUUUUCUCAAUCGAGGCAUUAGUUUUUCUUAAUGCAUCGAGGUCUUCGUUUUUUAGAGGUAAUAUGAGACGGAGAUAAUUUUGCUCGUGUGUUUUUUGAGAGCUUCUUUUUUGCUCUGAGCGUUUGAAGAGACAAAAUUGAACGACAAGACUUGGCUAUUAAUUCCACGCGGCCGAAGUCGUUUCUCCUGAAGUGACGCGAAAGAAAAAAUUCCGCGCCCAUUUUUUUCCUGCUGAACUUUAAACUGAAGAAAAGACACUAAGUUGCUAGAGCUUUCCAACGAUUCGACGGCUUCUUACAACAUCACUUUUCUCGAACGUCAAUCUUCCAUUGUUAAAGUAUUUGUGUCCUAGAAAUUAAGAGGCCUUUGAAAAAAAGAAAUAUUGAGAUAAAAUUGACAGUUAGAGAGCCUGAUUAAAUUUCUCUAGUUUCAUAUUUAAAUUAGUGAGUUAUUCAAAUUCAAGGUUCACUUGCAUGUCGAUAGUAUAGUUGAAGAAAUAUUUAAAAGUGUAAAUCGAAGUGUGAAUUUCUUCUAUUUAUUCGUAGUGGGACUCGGGAAUAAAGCUCCGCUUUGAAUUUUGUGCACAACAAGACAGAACUCAAAUAUAUAAUUAAUCAAUUCGGUAAUUAGACUUCUUUAGUGAUUUCUCCUAAUUGCACAGGAGUCAUAAUCACAAUUUCGUAUGAUGGAGUUCGAUUUAUUUACUUUUAGUUCAACCAGUUCGAGAGGUCUAUUCAAUUCUCUGGGAAUUAUUUGACAUAAAUUAACCAAGUAAAUCGUAAAUUAGCUGUUUAAUUCUAUUUGGUUGCAUCCCCCCAUUAUUUGUAUAAGCAAAUAUUGCAGGCGCACUCGUGAAUGCCCUUCCAGUCUUAAUUAACAGUGCAAUUAGCGACGGGGCAGGCACCGGCUGUUAUUGAACAUCACGUGUAAUAAUAGCACGCGAUGAUGUCAGAAGUGAAACUUCGUAUAAAAUAACACAACUCAAUCAUAUUGACAUGGGCGUUGUCUAGGAAACACCUGAAAUUGUCAUCGAAUUUUUCAAACACUAGAAGAGAUAAUAAUUAAUGUAGAAACCGGAGUGCAUGGAGAUUUUUUCUGAUGUUGUGGACUAUACAGGAGUUCGGUUGGAAAUGCGGCACAGUUUAUAUAGACAUUCCUCGCAAACAAUGUGAAGGGAAUGGGAGGACGGAAGUGUAUUUUAUGCUGAAUUCAUGAAAUGAUUUGCUAAACAUGGAUUGAUUAGUAAUUUAUAUGAAAUUUUGUUUAUGUAUAAUACUACAAUGAAAACUUUAAAUCGUAUUUCGAGCUGUUCUGAAACUGAAUAUGUUAUUAUAAGAUUUCUUAAAUUAUUGUUUUAUUGCUACCAUUUCUACAUCAAAUGA